ACGUGUGUGAGAAGGCUCCGCUUGUCAGUCAGACUUUGAACAGUGCACUGGCGCUCAUCAUCACUACACUAAUCUUCGGCCGCCGCUUGUCAGCAACGAAGCUGCUGCUGACAGUCAUCACCGACCGGCUUUAGAAACAUAGAUUAGGAUGAACAGUUGCUGAGAUAGAGCAGGAAACCCGAGGGCGACACCGGAGGGACCGAGCGGAGAGAAAAACCUCAGCUACGCCGUUUAACGUUGUUGUUCGGGAGUUGCGAUGGUCCAGUCAAGGGAUGUUUUUCUAGCCUUGCUUCUUGUGGGCUGCACAGUUUCAUUGGAAGUGCAGAUCACUCCAAGUCACGGGGAGAUUAGUGUUGGAGAGUCCAAAUUCUUCAUGUGUGAAGCUGUUGGAGUUGCCAAGCACAUAGACUGGUUCGGACCAAAUGGCGACAGGAUAGAACCGAACAGACCAGACAUAACAGUCACCCGCAACGAUGAGUCAUCCUCCACCCUCACUCUGUACAAAGCUGGGGAGGAAAACGCAGGAACGUACAAGUGUGUCGCGACCAAUGGGGACCAGCAAGGGGAGUCAACUGUCAAAGUGAAAAUCUACCAAAAAGUAACCUUCACAAACGCGCCCUCACCCCAAGAGUUUAACGAAGGAGACAAUGCCAUCCUCGUCUGUGAUGUCAUCAGUUCGCCUCCACCCACUGUCUUCUGGAAGUACAAAGGAGCGAGAAUACAAAUGCAAAAAGAUGUUCGCUUUAAGGUAUUGGGCAAUAAUCACCUUCAAAUACGUGGCAUAAAGAAGACAGACGAGGGCUCGUAUAUCUGCGAGGGUCGCCUCAUGGCUCGCGGCGAGGUUGAUCUGCGGGUCAUCAGGGUUGUUGUGAAUGUGCUCCCGACCAUCCGGGUAUGGCAGUCAGAGGUGAAUGCCACAGCGGAUGUCGGGCAGCCUGCCAUGUUAACGUGUGCUGUUGAUGGCUAUCCGGAACCCAUGGUGACUUGGACAAGGAACGAAGUGGUUCUCGAGGCAGGAGAGAAGUACAGCUUUAAUGAGGACGGCUCAGAAAUGACGUUGCUGGAUGUUACCAAGCUGGAUGAAGGAGAAUACACCUGCAUUGCCAAGAACAAGGCUGGGGAAAGUGAGAAGGAACUCAGUCUGAGAGUGUUUGUCAAACCUAAGAUCACCUACAUCGUAAACCAAAGCACUUCGGAGAUGGAUGAGCAGGUAACUCUGACCUGCGAGGCAUCGGGAGAUCCAACUCCCACCAUCAGCUGGAGUUCCGGUGAGCACGUCUUCACUGAAGGAGAGCAGGCACAUCUAAACAGGAUCUAUCAGGCAUCAUGGACUCGGCCCGAGCAACACAAGAGCCUGGAUGGAAAUGUAAUGGUGAGAAGUGACGCUCGCGUGUCCUCCCUCACUCUGAAGUACGUCAAGUAUUCAGACGCUGGUCAGUACCUGUGUACAGCACGCAGUGCCAUUGGAGAGGAUGAUCAGCCGGCCUUUCUGGAGGUCCGCUAUGCCCCUAAGAUUCACGGUGCAGUGGCCAUAUAUACCUGGGAGGGCAACGCUGUGAACAUCAGCUGUGAGGUCAAGGCUCAUCCCAUCGAUGUAUCCAUUGUGUGGCUGAGAGAUGGACUGCAGCUCCCCAACUCAAACACCACCAACAUUAAGAUCUUCCGGAGUCCAUCAGCCAGCUACCUGCAGAUAACCCCCGAGUCUGAAAACGACUUUGGGAGCUAUAACUGCACUGCUUCAAAUGAGAUCGGCACGGAGUCCAAGGAGUUCCUGCUCAUCCAAGCUGAGGUGCCGUCGGCUCCGUCCAUCGGUGAGGUGAGACCCUUCUCCACCACGGCACAGAUCCAGUUCGAGGAACCGGAAUCCACUGGAGGUGUGCCUGUCCUGAAAUACCGAGUGGAGUGGAGGGCUCGAGGCUGGGGCAGCUGGGUGCACCGGGUCUAUGCGGUCCAAGACGGCUACACCAGCGAGGCGACCAUAACGGGCCUGAGGCCGGAGACCGGCUACGAGCUGAAGUUGUCAGCCAUCAACGGCAAGGGGGAAAGUGAAAGCAGCGCUGCAGAGUUCUUCAAGACGGAGCCUGUCCACGGCAUUUUAAAUGUUUUCACUGAAGACACAGGAAAUCCCAAUCCUCCUAAACUCGAAGGGGCCCUUCCACCCAAAGGCAACUCUCUCAAAGUCCGCUGGAUCAAGCAGGAUGACGGCGGCUCGCCCAUUUUACAUUAUCUCGUCCGCUACAAGCCAAUCCAGGUGUCGGAGUGGAAACCAGAAAUCCGGCUGCCCAGCGGCAGCGACUACGUGUUUCUCAGCGGGUUGGAGUGGGACACCGAGUACAGCGUCUACGUGGUGGCAGAGAACCAGAAGGGAAAGUCCCAGCCAGCCACCAUGUCCUUCAAGACGUCCACACAGCCCGAAGCCAUCCCAGAUUUGGGGGAAGAGGCAGCGUUCUCAAUGAGCAUCACGCUCUGGGCAGGGAUCCUUGUUGUAGCUUUUGUACUCCUGCUUCUAGCUGUCGAUGUCUGCUGUUACUUUAUCAACAAAUGUGGCCUCAUCAUGUGCCUCUGCGGUAAAUCAGGCACAGGGAGCAAAGGGCACAACGUGGAGGAGGGCAAAGCAGCCUUCAUGAAAGACGAGUCCAAGGAGCCAAUAGUGGAAGUCCGAACAGAGGACGAGUGCACGGCCAAUCACAACGCAGCAGGACCGACGGAACCCAAUGAAACCACCCCUCUUACAGAGCCAGAGCUGGCGGCUUACACUGCUGCUCUGGCACUGGACACCCUCUCCUCCGUAGCCACCAACUCUGACACAGCCACCGCAACAAUUGACCCCGCUCAGGACAGCCCCUCUAGCGAGACCACUACCCUCACUUGUAGUCUGUCUGCCCCGGCCGACGACCCCUCGCCCAGCCCCGUCCUGGCUCCGGCCCCAACGCCAGAGUCGAACGCCGCCCUGGCGACUCUCCUCAUCUCCAGCUCCGCCAUCGAAGCUAAAAUGGCGCCGUUAGUGGAGCAAAGAAGAAGCGACGACCCGGAGGCGCCGGAGAAACUAACCCCUCCUCCUUGUGGCCCCGAACGGACUAUAGCUCAAAAAUCGGGGACGCCGAUACCGCCGAAGCGUCGGCACUCCCCUAAACUUGCAGCCCUGAAUGCUAAAGGUAGCCCGCCUGUAUCCCCGCUGGCCUCGUCACCCUCUCCCACACCCGAAGGCAAGAAACGUGCUCCGAGGCCACCCGUCAGCAAGCUUCCCGUGCAGCAGCACACUGUAGCUCCAGGGCAAGCUGACGCCACUCUAGCAACCGCUGCCCCUCUUUCAGAUACUGCCUUUGACUUUCCAAGCGAACCCGCUGACCAAACUGCCGCUGCCAGAGCGGCUGCCGCCACUGGCUCCCCCUCAGAGAUCCACGUUGCUCUUAAAGCCCUGGAUGCUGAGGUCUCCACCCGUGUAGCCGCAGGCACCCCCUCUCCUUUACCCGUCACUUAUAUUUCGUCCACGGUUUCAGAUGGUCUCUUCGACAGGUACAGCCUGCGAACCCCUGACGAGGGGCCCGUAGGUGCAGGUGUAGCGUUAGAGCUGACAAACGGGACAGAAAGACCGCCGCCUCCCCCUCCGGCGCUCAUUAGCCUAGAGAGCCCGCCCUCUGCCCCCUCUCUGCCCAACGGAGACGGAGCAGACCUCCCCCUCUCUGGCCCAGUUGUGGAGGCGUCAGAGACUCUGGCCAAGACUGCUCCUCCUGUCAACGAUGAGAGUUUUUCCGAUGAUAAAGGCAAGCUGCAGAUGGCAGACUUAUCAAACGCCGUGACGGAGAUCUCUGCAGAACACAACAGUGUCAUACAGACAAAAACCACUGAGAGCAAAGCAUGAUGGGAAGGGGGGAAGCCCCGGCCAGAUACAAAACAAUUUGCAGCGGCAACGAGCUAGAAACACUGCAGAGUUUUGAUUUCCAGUGUCCUUAACUACAUACUCAAAACAACACACGCGUGUUGCUUGGUUAGAGCGCACUUUGACAGUACUUUCAGUUCUGGGUUCAUUCCUGAAAUGUUUACUACUCUAAACAAGAAGUUUAUCUUUAUCAUCAUAAGAGAUUUAUUUUAUUUUUUUAUUGUUGUUUUAUUUAACCCGUCAGGACGUUUAAAGACAAUCUCUUAUUCCAAUGCUGGCUUGGUAAAUGUGUGACGUUGGACUCAACGUUCUGUUCCGUGCAUUUAGUUUGCAGUUACGCACCAGUUUUGGAUUAUUAUGGGAAAUGUAAAAACAAGACAAAAGAGCCUGUCUAUAUAUCGAUUUUUUUUCUUUUUCUUUUCAUGUUCUCCUGUUCAAGUGUAAAACCCUUUGCAUUUCUUUUAGUUUGGCCUCUUGAGUUGCAAGCUUGUUUCAUCUAAUAGCUUGUUCUGCAUGUCUGACCUGCAAGUGGUUGUAGAGUUUUGUUUACAAGAUUUAUAGUUUCACUUUGUCUCCUACAGGGAUUUUUCAUCUCUCACAGAUACGCUAGCAUUGAUUAAACAGACGUCAAUGUUUGGACUAGAACCAUAUUUGCUAUGGUUAUAAAAGAUACAGGAUUAACCCACAGCCAGCUGCAGGAGGGGAGAAGAUUGAGAGAGAAUCCCACAACACAUCAACAGUGUGCAUUAUGGGAUCAAAUAUGGCCCAUUUCAUGGUAUAAUAUAAUCAGUCUGUCUCUGCCUUACCGCAGUGAUGGUAUUUGGUAAUUAAAUGUACUUGAUAACAAACGUCCUCGGAGAGAACAAACUGCCAGUAGAACCGUUGAUCCUCGGCCGUGGGUUGAAGAACCGUGAACCUUAAGAUCCUGAGCUAAAUGUACGACUCUUAUUAGUGUGGGCGGGGGGCGACGUUAAAGCAGAUCGAAGGUCUGGCUUUGUAUUUUGGAUUGUGCUUUUGAAGCAAAAAAUGAAUUAAAGCUCUAAAAAAGCAUUUUGUACUAUUUAAAAGGUACCGAUAUUAUUUCCAUUUCCUGCCUGCAAGCUUGUGCGCUGUGCCCGUGUGUCAAUAGAUUGUCUUGUCAUCCUGUUUCUAUGAUAAUCUGCAUAGCUUUGUCGUGAGAGAUUUAGCCUAUUCUUUUUAUUUAAUAGAGUGUAUUAAUAGAAGAAAAGUAUGAUACAUGGACUAAUGUGGUCAUUAUAACACGUGUGGUGUAUGAAACUGUCCGUCUCUGGUCACAGCACUAUAUAUUGCCAGCUAUAGUGAAGGAAGAUGUUUUGAGCCUUGGCAUGAAUUGAGUCCGUACUUUAUAACGUACCCAUGUCUGUACGGGGGAAAUAACUCUCAGCCCGAUUCAACGAGUGUUACAGUUGGAGGCUUGUUCUGCCAUUAUUACACAUUGUUUUUAUUUAACUCGCCCCGAGCUGUUGCUUAAAGAGUCCUUGUGAUGUGGUCUUUGAAUUUCUUUUUCUAGUUUGUCUUUUUGUACAAAAAAAAUUCCUCACCGAGAGCAACUGCUCAAGAAGGUCAGGAUGCAGGGUGGUCCCGGCUAAAAACAGAAGAUUACAUUUUGGGGGGAAAAGCUUGUAUUGUGAAUACAGAUGUGACCAGCUUUACUCACUUGUCUUGGCUCCCUGGUCACCGGGCGCUCAUUCUGGUUCCAUCGGGUCAAACUCUGAAAAUAUCUGUUGUGUACAGUCUGAGAGCUAACCCGUUUGCAAAAUAAAAAAUUGGUUUCCGAAUCUAA